AUUGCAUUGCGUUGGACCAGGACCACCAUGGCUUCUAUCAGAAGGGCUUUACUACUCUUCCUUGCUCUUCUUGCUCAGCUGCUGCACAUACCACCACCAAUACCACUGUCCAGCGCCCACCAUACUCACGCUGAUAAUUACCUCAAAUCAGCUGAUGGUCACCUCCCCGUUGUUCCGUUUCUUUGCCGUCCAGACCAAGCAAAGAGUCUCCUCCAGCUGAAGAAGUCAUUAUCCUUUGUUGAUUCCACCACCACGCUUUCGUCAUGGCGAGAUGGUACCGACUGCUGCCUCUGGGAAGGUGUUGGCUGUGACGCCUCCUCGUCUGGAGAUGUCACCGUUCUUGACCUCAACAAUCGUCGCUUGUUCAGUCAUUAUGGCUUGGACCCUGCAGUCUUCAGCCUCACAUCCCUCCGUCGCCUUGACCUCAGCAUGAAUGAUUUCUCUAGAGGUGACGACGACGUACAGCCGUUGCCUGACAACAUAACAGCUACUACGCCGGCAGGAUUCGAGAGGUUUUCUUUGCUAACGCAUCUAAACCUUUCUUAUGCGGGCUUGCGUGGUCCAAUACCUGCUGGAAUCGGUAAACUCGUGAACCUUGUCUCUUUGGAUCUUUCGAGUUACUUUUCAACUGAUGAAGAUGGUGUACCGGAUGAUCUGUGGACUGUGGGUACCUAGUAUUGAUACCCUAGUGGCAAACCUCAGCAAUCUAAGAGAGCUCUACCUUGACAAAUUGGAUUUGUCAAGCAUGGGAGAAGAUUGGUGCACAGCUCUUGCUACAUAUGUUCCUCAUCUUGAGAUACUUAGCAUGGCCACGUGUUCCCUGACUGGUCCUAUUUGUAAAUCACUCUCCAGACUCAGUUCCCUGGUUGUUCUCAACCUCCAAAACAACUAUGGUAUAGCUGGUCGAUUUCCAGAGUUCUUGAUGGAUUUUCUCAAUUUAACUACGCUACAGCUUUCGAAUGACAACCUCCAGGGGUGGUUGCCCUCCAGACCCUUUCAAUCGAAGAAUCUAAGGGUUCUUGAUUUGUCCUAUAACAGAAUCUCACUGGGCAUGUGCCAAACUUUUCCAAUGCAAGUUGUCUAGAGAGUUUGAUGCUAGCUCGGACCAGUCUUUUGCCCAUCGAACAAGUCAAACCAACAUCUAUCACCAACUUUGUGUCAUUGAAGGAGUUAGUGCUUAGUGGGAAUUUAGCUUCUGUGGAUUUCCUUUCUUCAUUUGGUACACUGGGGUCUCUAUGUAAGUUAGAACUCACAUUUGACGAAGUGAGUGAGCUAGGCCCAGUCUUCUCAUGGAUUGGACACCACAAGAACCUGACAAGUUUGGUACUCUCUGGCAACUUCUCUGAGAUGACGCCUACCUUGGUUAGCAAUUUCAAGGCCUUGAGAAGCUUAAGUAUGCAUGAUUGCACACUCCCUAGGCAUGUACUUGAUGCAGUUGGAAACCUCAUAGCCUUGCGAACACUUGAUCUUUAUUACUGCAACAUAACGUGGGGUUCCACCAUGCCGUCUUCUAUUGGCAACCUCACAAAUUUGAGGGAUCUGCAUAUUAUUCAAUGUGGAUUCUCAGGCCCAAUGCCGGCUGCAAUUGGCAGACUCACAAAUUUGAGAAACAUGUAUGUAUUUCGUAGUGGUUUUUCAGGGCCAAUUCCAGCUGCAAUUGGCAAGCUCACUAGCCUCGAAAUUUUGGACAUUGAAGAUGGGUUUUCAGGGCCAAUACCAGCUACAAUUGGCAAUCUUAGUCACUUGAACCGUAUGCGAUCUUUUGGUUCUAAUUUUUCUGGACGCAUACCGGGUUCAAUGGCAAAUUUGACUCAGUUAACAGAGAUGAUUCUUCCAUAUAAUUCUCUAAAUGGGGAGAUUCCACCAUUUAUUUUUACUCUUCCUGCAUUAUGUUACUUGGAUCUUUCUAACAACCAGCUUUCUGGCCAUGUACAAGAUUUUGACACGACAACUUCACGGUUGAAGAGUUUGUUCUUGAGCAACAAUGCAUUGUCAGGAUUUAUUCCCAAGGCAUUCUUUGAACUAACAAGUCUAGGAGCUUUAGAUGUUAGCUCAAACAAUUUCACUGGUUCCUUGGACCUUUCACAUUUUUGGAGACUUCAUGAGCUCACCAUGUUGGAUCUUUCCAACAAUUGGUUGCAUGUCAUGGAUGCAGAUGACGAUAAUCUAGUGGAUAUCAGCUACCUUUCAGAACUUCAAGAUAUAAGGCUCGCAUCUUGCAAUGUAAUUCGAUUUCCAAGAUUUCUGAGGCAAGUUAAAUCUAUUUCAUAUUUGGAUCUUUCAAGGAAUAAAAUCGAUGGCAAUGUACCAAAUUGGUUGUGGGACAAGUUAUGGAGCUUUGCACCAUAUUUGAAUCUUUCACAUAACAUGUUCACGGGCAUGCAACUUAUCAAUUCAUAUAUUCUCCCUUUCAGUACAUCUAUGGAAGUGCUUGAUCUUAGUUUCAAUAGAUUUUCUGGGCGGGUCCCUAUGCCAAGCUCAUCAGGAGAAGUCUUGGAAUAUUCCAACAAUAUGUUCUCUUCCCUUGUGCCAAACUGGACUUUGUAUCUUAGGGACACUAUUUAUUUUAGCAUAUCCAAAAAUAAUAUAAACGAUCAACUACCUCCCUCAAUAUGUGAUGCAAUUCUGGACGUUCUUGAUCUAUCAAACAACAACUUUUAUGGCCCAAUUCCAUCUUGUAUCAUAGAAAAUAUGACACACACAAUUUUGAACUUGAGGGGCAACAAUUUUAAUGGGACAUUGCCUACCGACAUAAUGACCACAUGUGAUCUACAGGUGCUAGAUUUACAUGGUAACAAGAUUGAAGGGCGGCUUCCGAGGGGCCUUUCUAAGUGCUUUCACUUGGAGAUUUUGGACAUCAGUAGCAACAGAAUGCUGAUACUUUUCCUUCUUGGUUGAGGAGGCUUUGUAAUCUUUCUAUACUACUCCUAAGAUCAAACCAAUUCUAUGGCACCAUUGGUGAUGGGGAUACCAAAUCGGCUAGUGAGUUUUUUCCUAGCCUGCAAAUUAUUGAUCUUUCCUCAAACAACCUCUCUGGUGUUUUGAGGGCACAAUGGUUGAUGCAGUUGAAUUCAAUGAUGGCAGAGUACAAUAGUUCUGGAGAAACUAUUGAUUUUGAUAGCAAUAAUUAUUCAUAUGAACCAUUCUAUCGAUAUUCUAUUGAGUUCACGUACAAGGGGUAUUUUAUGACAUUUGAAAGGAUGUUGACUACUGUAACACUAAUUGACUUCUCCAAUAAUAGACUGGAGGGCACCAUUCCUGAAGCUCUUGGAAGCCUUCUAUCACUACGGAUACUAAAUUUGUCGCACAAUAACUUCAUCGGAAAUAUUCCAGCUCAACUUGGUAGCCUCACAGAUUUGGAGUCACUAGACCUCUCCUGCAACCAACUCUUAGGAGAGAUUCCUCAAGAGCUGACUGAUCUCACUUUUCUUGCGACCCUGAACCUAUCAGACAAUGACUUGGUAGGGAGGAUACCACAGUCACGUCAGUUCUCUACAUUUGGCAGUAGUUCAUUUGGAGGGAAUCCUAGGCUAUGCGGACCACCACUGUCAGAAUUUCCAUGUGGUGCGUCACCAUCACCAUACACUCCAAGCGCUCAACUUGUGCAUAGGUCGUCACCUAACAGUUUUGAUGUGGUCUUGUUUCUCUUCAUCGGGCUUGGCUUUGGUGUAGGAUUUGCAGCUGCUAUUGUCGUGAAAUGGAAUCGGGUCGGCCGGUGGUUCAUUGCAAAUGCAAGAGCUUUGCAUCGUUGAUCACCAUUGGAAGUUGAGAGUCUGUUUCCAAAUGCAUGUGUCUGCAAUAUAUAUGUUUGUCACCAAGCCUCUUUUCUUAACUAUCGGAUAAGCUAUGCUCUAGGUAGAUUAUUUGUAAAAUCUCUAUUGUCAUCGAUCAUGAAGUUUGUUGUUCAAAGAUUAUGUAGGAGAAGCGUAUUGGUUUGAUAUGUGUUGUUCACCGUCCGGCAACAGGCGACACUGAGGUUUGACCCAUUCACCGCACAAGUAGGAGAGUGAAUUUGUAGGGCAUGAAAAUUGUGCCCCAAAUUUCCCAACUAUUGCGAAUUUGUCCUCGUCAAUUCUCGUUACUUCUGAUACUAUGAUGACAGUAAGGCAGGGGAGGAGCCAUCAUAUUAUUACUUCUGAUACUAGUGGGCUUGGUAACUUUAGGCCCAGCUAUCAAGAUUUCAAAAGUAAAACUGAUGGACCAAGGAAUACAUCGUUGAAGCAAGAUCCAGUUUUUUUUAAGAGAGAGUAAAUUGCAAAGCAAUACCUCAACCUUAGUUUUCUUGUACUGAAAAAAAAGAACAUGUAUCCUGAAAUUUGCUCUCUUUUUAGAAAUGCAGAACAAACAGAUGACAACGGUUCCCAAA